AGUAGCAAUAUUCAGAUGAUUCGCUUGUUAUUACCGCGGUAUAGGUUAUGUAGUGAUUUAAAAAUCUAAAGAAACGACAAAAUGAAUAUUGUCAGCAGACAGUGGACUCGAAUUUUUAAGACAGAUAUAAUGCAUAAUCAAUUUUGUAUUCUUGGAAGAGCCCUUGCUUACAAAAGUGCUUUUUCUCUUGAUAAGCUAUAUCCCACAAGUAAUUUAAAACUGUUCACGCCAACCUUUAUUCCUCAUGAUCCAAAAGCUAAAUUUGAUGGCUAUAUACCAAUUAAAGAACUUGAUAUCACCUAUAGUCGUAGCAGCGGUGCUGGAGGACAGCAUGUAAAUCGCACAAAUAGUAAAGUAGAUUUAAGGUUACAUAUAGAAAGUGCUACGUGGCUAGCAGAGGAUAUUAGAAAUAAAUUAUUGGAACAGUAUAAAAAUAAAUUAUCUAAAGAGGGUUACUUAAUAAUCAAGUCAGAGUUAACAAGAUCUCAACAAUUAAAUUUAGCUGAUGCUCUUCGAAAAUUGAGAGAAAUAAUAUGGAAAGUGGCAAAACCACCAUCAGAAAUACCUCCUGAAACUUUGGAAAUGAAAAGAAAACAGCAUCUUCGAGCAGCAAGACAAAGGCUUUUUGAAAAACGAAGACGUUCUGAAAUCAAACAAUCUAGAGGAACUCCUACUAUGGACUUUUAAUCUUCUUUAUGUUAUAUGUCGUACAUAGAACAAUAUACUUUUCAAUAAAUGAAAUACAAUACAAAAUAUGUAAUCAUAGAAUAUAUGUAUGUAUUAUUAUAACAGUAAUGACUUUGAAUACUAGUGAUUUUUAAUAUUA